AUGAUGUCCGUACAAACUCCUCCCCUCUCCCGCUCUGGCUCCUCCCCCUCCACUGUGGGCCUGGCCAGUCGCAGCAGCUCCUCCGCCACCCCUCCCACCUCCCUCAGCCUUCGCUCGUCAUACAACCAGCUGCUUGGGCGCGAUGUCAUCAAGGAGUCCAUGGAAACAGGAAGUUCAGCCACCUUGCCGAAGAGCCGUCAGAGGUACACGAUGACCAGCGUGCGCAGCGUCAUGGGGAUAAGUGACAACUUGGCUUUGUCGUCUAAAAACCAACCUGUAACCAGAGGAAGGGGCCUCCCCACCAAGUCGUCCUCCAGCUCUGCCCUCUACUCCUCCUCUUCCUCCUCCUCGCUGUUCAAUACAGCCAACCCCAAACUGGCCAAGAAUGGAGCCAACAUGCAGAGACGAGCUGAGAGCCAGCAGCUGGAGCUGAGCAGGGCCAAUACAGAGGGCAAGAUUCACAAUGAUCUCAUCAAUAAUCCCAGUUCGGACUGGCUAGAAUUUGGGAAAGAUAACUCACAGCUGCCUCCAUUUCGUAGAAGGACCAAGAGCUUCUUGGAGUACCAUGGGAAGGGCUGGGAUCUGGACCUCAGCUGGGGGAACAAAGAGGACAAGGAGGAGAAGAAGCAGCAGCCUUCCCCAGAGAAGGAGCAGGCCAGUCCUGCCAAAGAGAGGGAGAGCCAGAAGGAGGAGAAGGACAGCGACAAGCAGAGCUGCCAGGAGGAGAAGGAAGAGGUGGAGCCCGUGGUGGAGGUGGACGAAGAGGAAGAUGAGCCCACACCAACACCUAGACAGCCUCUGCUACCAGUGGUGGUCGAAGCCCCUCUUUCCUCCACCUCCUCCUCUUCUACCAACAGCCCAGAGUGGGUGCCAGACAACCAGAACCACCUCCAGAACCAGGCUCCAGCUCAGCUCAAAGAGGAGCUCAGUGCCCAGAUUCAGCCUAGUCCACGUAGUCCUGCAAAGCCCCCUCGGAGCUCCCAACCCCGGGUGAUCAAGGUGGAGCUGCACCCCAACAACGAGAACCAGUUUUUGCAGCAGUACCCACCGUCUUCCCCUAAACAGGCCAGAGCAGCAGAGAAGAGCACCCCGACCAGGAACAGGGCUCCACCUGCCCUGCCAGAUCCAGAACCAGACACUGGGGUCCCUAAAGUGGGUUUAAGAAUGGAUCUGACUCCUGACACUCCAUCGGAGGAUGAAGACUCCAGCUGGACCACUCUGUCCCAGGAGACGCCCUCCCCACAGAGUCCACAGGAGAGAGCAGAUGUAUGGGUUGAAGGAGACCUGCCCCCGGGCUGGCGGGAAAUCUCGGAUUCAUCAGAGGUCUAUUUCUGGCACGUUCCCACCGGCACUACCCAGUACGACCGACCUGUUGCCUCCAGCAACCAGCACACCUCUUCCAACACUGACCACGAACCACAGCAGGAGAUGCAGGAGUCGCUCAAACCACCCAGUGAGCGCCCCAGCAGUCUGAUAUCUGACAGCUCAGUGGAGCCGGUACCCUCACCCUCCGGCUCCUCCCCCUCCUCCCCCUCCUCCACCCUCUCCAAUGACAUCACCUUCUCUGGACAAAAUCUCAACAGCACCACCUGCACAGCCAACGAGCUGAAGGACUAUCCAGUCUAUCCAGAUCCCAGUCUGAAGGCAUUCGAAGGGGCCACCCUCCGCUAUGCAUCACUUAAACUCAACCCUCCUGCCCAGCUGGAGACAGUGGACCUGAACAGCACAUUCUCUGAUCCAGAAGCGAUGUCAUUUCCAGUGCGAUCUCUGGGCUGGGUGGAGAUGGCAGAGCAGGACCUGUGUGAGGGGAGGAGCAGUGUGGCCGUCCACCACUGCAUCAGACAGCUGUCCUACUGCAGGAGGGACAUACGGGACUCAGCCGGCGUCUGGGGAGAGGGUAAAGGGAUGCUUUUAGUGCUUCAGGAUCGCAUGCUGACCCUUGUUGACCCAGACGAUCGCAGCUUGCUCCACUCUCAGCCUAUUAGCAGCAUCCGUGUCUGGGGCGUUGGCCGAGACCAUGACAGGUAG